AUGCGUCUCGUCUCUUUUACUGCGGCCGCUGGGCUGCUGUCUGUGGCGACUGCUCAGGCAAACCAGGUGAAAGAAGCCACUAAUCAGGCCAAGAGUCCUUUUGACAAGAGGCUCUUGCAGGCCACGUGUGCCACUCUGAGCAUCACCACUACCACGACGGUGACUCACGAGACGACAAUCUUUGUGACUCCCACGGCUCAGCUUACUGUUUCUACUACGGGGACCACUACGGUGACGAUAACUGAACCAUUUGUCCCGCCGCCGUAUUCGCCGCCUCCUGGAGGCCAGAGCAGUUCUCCCACUGCCCGUCAAUCGUCUACUCCUGGCGGACCUGGCAACUCUGUCCCUACGCCUGGAUCUUCAACGUCUGGACCUCCAGGAGGUCAGUUCUUGACGUCGUCUUCUGUUAGUACCGCGAGAAGCAGCAGCAGCAGCUUUUUCCCCUUAUCUGCUUCUACCUCGUCCACCAGGGGUGACCCUCCCGCUGGGUCUUCUACUCCUGCUGGUGGACAGUCGUCAACCGGCGCUCGUUCCUCCACUCCUCCUGGCGGACAGUCAUCUACUGGCUCUCGCUCUUCUACUCCCCCGGGAGGACAGUCAUCUACUGGCUCUCGCUCUUCUACUCCCCCGGGAGGACAGUCAUCUACUGGCUCUCGCUCUUCUACUCCUCCUGGUGGACAGUCAUCCACUGGCUCUCGUUCUUCCACCCCUCCGGGAGGACAAUCAUCCACGUCUUCUGGGCCCCCAGGAGGUCAGUUCUUGACAUCUUCCAGCUCUGUGAGCAGUGGCAGCUCGUCUUCUACUCGAAGCGUUCCGCCUGGCUCUGCUACUACCUCGCGCACUGCCUCGUCGACUGCUCCUCCUAAUGGUUCGUCCACCUCUCCAGGUGGAAAAUCAUCCACUGGCUCUGUGCCUCCGGGAGGACAGUCGUCCACCUCUUCUACUCCUCCAGGUGGCCAGUUCUUGACAUCUUCUACUCCCCCGGCAGGACAGUCAUCCGCGUAUCCCACUCCCCCGAGUGGCCAGUCAUCCACAUCAUCCACCCCUCCAGGUGGCCAGUUCUUGACAUCUUCGAGCACCGUCAGCAGUGGUAGCAAGUCUUCCACUGGAAGCGUCCCUCCUAGCUCUGCUACCACUUCGCGCACUGCUUCAUCAACUGCACCUCCCAGCGGCUCCUCUACUCCUCCUGGACAGUCGUCCACUGGCAUUGGGUCUUCCAGCAGUACCGCCGCCUCUUCGUCGAGCACUUCUUCUGGUCCUCCAGGCGGUCAGUUCCUGACUUCCUCCAGCACUGUGAGCAGCACCGCAUCCACUACUGGAAUCCUGUCUUCCCAGUCUACCAGCGCUAGCACCUCUGGCACUGCGUCUACCACCUCUUCAGGACCACCAGGCGGCCAGUUCGUGACGUCGUCCACCUCCAUUGGAGUCUCCUCGACGACUGCUCCUCCUGACACGGAUGACUGCGACCCUACAGAAAGCACCACCAGUGCCUCUGUGAGCUCCACCUCGGGACCACCAGGCGGUCAGUUCGUGACCUCCUCCAGCACUGUCAGCAGUACCGCGUCCAUCUCUACCCAGUCUACCAGGGCUAGCACUUCUGGUACUGCGUCAACCACUUCUUCAGGCCCGCCAGGCGGUCAGUUCUUGACGUCGUCUACUUCCGUUACGGCUUCAUCCACAACUGCGUCUUCAAGCUCCAUUGUUCCUUUCCAGUCUGACACCUCCUCUGGGCCGCCAGGCGGGCAGUUCUUGACCUCCUCCAGCACUGUCAGCAGCACCGCCAGCAGCACCGCGUCAACCACUUCUUCUGGACCACCAGGCGGUCAAUUCUUGACGUCGUCCACCUCCAACACUGCCACCAUCACUGUCGCCACGCCAACUGACGGUGGCGAUGACUGUGAUCCCACAGACAGCAUCACCCUUACCUCCACCCGAACUGAGACAAACACCCAGACCUCCACCGGUAGUGUGCCCACCAGCACCACCACCUCGUUCUCAGUCCCUGGAGGAGCCUUCAAUGACCACACCAGAUCCACCACCAUCACCGCCACUAGCUCCCUUCCCGCUGACCCAACAGGCACAUCAACACCUGGCGGCGACGGCGAUGACUGUGAUGAUUAUGCACCUCCUGGUGGCCCGUUAACCAUUCCUGGCGCUGGAAACCCUACCACCGCGAUCAGCAUCCCGACUGUAACGAGUACGCCUCUCCCUGGCGGUGGUAACGGAGGCCUACCCCCCUUCAGCAUCAGCAUCCCUGGCAAUGGAGGCUUGCCACCCUUCAGCAUCAGCAUCCCGGGCCUACCACCCUUCAGUAUCCCACCCUUCACUCUCCCCAUCAGCAUCCCCACCACGUUCGCAACCCUCCCUCGCCCGAGCCUCACUCUUCCUUCUGGUCCUGGAGCCACUGGUCCCCCCGGCGGCAACCCCCCUGGCAAUGGAGGUACCGGUGACGACGGCGACUGCUAA